AACGAAUCUAGUAUACCCUUUUACUCUACGAGUAACGGGUAUAAUAAGUGGAAACUAGGGUAUUCUAUUGCGAUUAUACAUGGGAGUCCCACUAUUUUGGGGUAUAGAAAACUGUAAUAGGUAGUAUUUCAAUUGCAUCAAUAGUGUGUAGAGUCAAAGAAAUGAUAUAUGUACAUUCUAGUCGACUCGUUUGUUGGUAAACCAAUAAACGAAAUUGUGAUGCCCGUUGAAAGAGUAUAAAAAACGUGCUUCGUUUGUUUACAUUCAGAACAGGCUUUAACCAGUACAAGUAACUAGUAGACAUAGUACCACUAGUCAUAGUAAAACUAAUGAGUCAUGAAGUGUGCCAUUCGAGGGCGGCAAUUACCAAGAAGUGAUGUUUGUCGCACUUCUCGUUGCAAUCAAUUACAUCGGUUGGUAGCUUAUCUUUAUCAAAUUUAUUCAAAAUUCCCUGCGAAUGAAUCAGCUUUAAGAACUGGACUACUGUAAUAGGCCAGAAAGUCGUAGUCGUCGUGAGAAAAUAUCAUUCACAGCUAUAAGUAUAGAACAAAUUAAUGAUGCCUGGUCUAAAAUAGAUUUUCCCAAUUCAAAAAACGCCCAUACAAAAGUGCUGGACGCUAUCCCCACUAUAAAAAGUGUACGAUAUGCGAACGAUAUGAAUUGUCUACCUGGGUAAUUUUAUGCAUUACUAACGACCAGCGCCACGUCGAUAUAAAACUGUCUGCCAAGUGGAAUUUCAUAACAGAAGAGAACUGAACAUGCGAGCGAUUUUUAUAUUGUGCACACUCCUUGUAUGCCUGGUUGUAUUACUGCGAUUAAGUUGGGGCGUCGGCACUUCGGAUACCCAGGACGUGACCAGCUCAGAUCCCAAGUUCGUAUCGGACAAGGACUUAUAUGCUUCAUAUGACUGGUCCCAAGAUGUCAUCAAGAACGGUGAAAAGGAUAACGAUUUGAAUGCCAUCACUGGACAAGAUAUUUUGAAGUCAAAAGCGAGACUUCAAAAGCUUCUGACUAUUCUGAGGCAAGAACCACCAAAGGAUAACUACUCUAAGGUUUUACCAGUUGAAGUUGAAGCCACCAGUGAUCCAUCUAAUGCAGAAGAUACAACCAUCUUAUGUAAUCCAGUUAUUGACGAAAACUGCGAACCAGAGUCCAUUGGACCAAGACUAAGCGCAACUCUACUUAAGAUCCUUGCAUAAAUUCUACAUAAAUCGAAAGCAAAUCAAAAAAAUUAAUUUAUAUAUAAUUAUUAUUAAUCGACUAAUUCCUAUAGAUCUACACAAUAAUUAUAUUUCUUAUAAUACUUCGUAACAUUUUAAUACACAUAUGUGUCCACAAA